GAGCGAGGUCGAAUCCAAGUACGCGAGGGAAAGAAAGUAAAGUCGCAAAGGCAACGCAACUCCGUCAAUGGAGAGGGACCAAAAUGGACGGAAGGGAUGGUUGAAGAGGGAGUGGGGGAGGAAAGGGAGCAAUAAAAUAGACCGGAGAGAAGAAAGAAAAAGAAGACGGGCGCUGCGGGGUCGUUGAUGCCGGAGCUAAUGGGAGCGGUGGUCGGCCCCGUUCCGUUGGUCAGCUCACAACUUUUGCCCUCGUGUUGGAAUUUAGGAGAACAGGAUUCGGAGGACAGCCACUGUAGUCGGGAAAGGGUUCAGGCCCGCAAGCCAAGAGGCUGUUUUUCCGAGUGCACUGGGCGCCUGAAGGGAGGAGGGGGGGUAUGUGCUGGUGGGCCAGUGUUGAGUCCGGUUGUUGGGUUGGCGGCGAUCAGUGAUCGCGGUUGCGGAAGGUAGGCCGGUCGCCAGGCGAGGCAGACAAAUUCUGACAACGAACGACGAGUUAAAAG